UGUCUUUGAAGUAGAUUACCUGCAGUAGCGUAGUUUGUCAUUGCAACUUCGCCGACAAGUACAAAUUAUAGUUGUUAUCAUAGUCAUAGAUAGUUUAACUGUAGAAUAUUUUAUUAUGACAACCAACGUUGUGCCUUCUCCUAAAAAAGAAGAAAGAAAUAUUGCCAGUGAAGCUGUGAACCACCUUGUUCAAGGUAAAAGACAUCUUGUUGUCCAAGACUAUCCAUCAGCUGUUUCUAGCUUUCAAGAGUCUUGUAAACUAUAUACAGAGAAAUAUGGAGAAACGUCCAAUGAAUGUGGAGAGGCAUAUUUCUUCUAUGGAAAAGCUCUUUUGGAAUUGGCAAGACUUGAAAUGGGUGUCCUUGGAAAUGCACUCGAAGGAGUUCCAAGUGAGGAUGAUGAUGAUGAUGAAUCAGAAGAUGAUCAAGUUGAAAAUCCAGAAAAUGUAACCGAAGAGGAGGAAGGAGAAAAUGCUGAAGAUGAAGAGGCAGAAGAUGAAGAGGAGCAGAAUAAAGGAAAUGAAAAAGUUGUACAGAAUGAUGUAAAAGAGAUGGGUCUUAGUGGAACAUCUGAUGAGCUCCAACCUAGUACAUCAUCAGGAGAGAAACCUAAGAAGGAUGAUGAAGAGGAUGAAAUCUCAAACCUACAGUUAGCAUGGGAAGUUCUCGAAUUAGCAAAGCUUAUCUAUAAAAGGUAUUAUCAUGUUUCAUUUAUAUUCCUGAGUUCUUGUAGCUUUUACCAACUGGGUUUAGCAUAUUCAUUGGACAAUCAAUUUGACCUUGCUGUUGAACACUAUGAAAAAGCCAUUCAGGUGAUAGAGGAUAGAAUAGUGAACCUGCAGAAGUCAUUGAAGGAAAAGUCACAGGAUGAUUCUGUCAGCACUAUCAAGAAGGAGAUAGAUGAAUUAAAGGAAAUUAUCCCAGACAUUAAGAGUAAGAUUGAAGAUACUGCAGAUAUCAAAAGAAAUAUAGAGGAAACCAUGAGAGAGGCUGCUGUCGAAAGACUCCGUACAUCAGGAGAAAUUAAUUUAUCCAGUACAGAUGGCGAUAGUAGCUCACAGAAUGCUUCUCCAACAAAAGCAGCCACUAGCAUUGCUCACUUAGUGAAGAGAAAGAGAAAGCCAGAAGAAGUAGAUGAGAAAAAUUCUGAUCUUCAGGCAAAGAAGUCUAGGCCAAAUAAUGAGGAUAAUACAAGUUUAAGUGGUGAUAAAGCAGUAGCAAAUGGAGAAAUACGAGCUGGGGUGGAUGUCGGAGAGAAACUUGAUGAACAGGCAAAGAAAAGAACAGAUAUUCAAACAGCAACGUGAUAAAAAUAGAAUAAAAAAAACUUGUAACAAACUUUUGUACAUUCGGUUGCUUCAUACAGAUAUAAAAACUCAAGAGGUAUGCAUUGGCAUUGCAAGAACUGGAUUUUUUUACACUUAUGAUGACAUUUUUAAGUGUUGCUGUUGUUCGCUUACGCUUACAGAGUGAAAGUUUUUGAGUUAUUUUAACACUUUUUUUUCAGAAAUCGGUUUUUUUGCUCUUAAUAUAAUUUUUUA